CAUUAUUAUUAUUAUUGUUGCUGUUGAUGUUGUUGUUGCGGCGCUUUGUUUUGAAUCAUUCAUGUGGCCGUAUUCGGUUCAAAACAUAUUCUUAACAUCUAAAUGAAAAGAUCUCAAAUCAUGCAGCAUAAAGUAAAUAAAAACUAAUAUUGUGUAAUGUGUAAUUUAUUGUGCAAAUUGUAUAUAUUACAAUCCCCCUUCCGUAUAUUAUGCAUUCAUAUAUUUGUUAUUAUAAGUUUUUUUUUAUAUGUUUAGUGUAUUUUUUCUCUGUUUAAAAUUAAUGCAAUUCAGCCUUUGGCUGCGAACUGGAUUUCAUUUCAAUAAAUACCAUUUAUCUAUCUAUCUAUCUAUCUGUUUAUCUAUCUUUGGAAUGCUCGUGUUCUGUAACGUAAAAUCCAUAAUAAAUUUUGCAGAAAUAAACUUUGAAUCGAAUUGCAUAACUCUAUUAAUGAGAAAAUCGUCUUUUCUGUGAAGGUAUAUCAUUCGUCCUCGUAUAAUGCGUGGUAUCGGUGACCGCGACAUCACUACGACAGUACUUGGCCAUCGGAUCAGCGUACCCAUCUGUGCUGCCCCCUCAGCUUUACAUGUUUAUGCUCAUCCUAACGGGGAAAGGGAAUCAGCGAAAGGUGUUGAGGAAUCAGGGAGUUUAAUGAUUCUAUCAAGUGAAGCUUCCGUUACCAUCGCAGACGUAGCAGAAGCCGCACCUGGUGGAUUCCGUUGGAUGCAGACCUACAUCUUCAAGAAUCGAAAGCAUACAGAACAUAUCGUGAGGCAAGCAGAGAGGGCGGGCUUCAAAGCAAUUGUUCUCACGGUCGAUUCGCCAGUAACAGUCAACUGGGAUGAGCUUGAUGAUAACUUUGCCGAAGAAGGACAUCUCAACACCGAUCCAAACUAUAGGUGUAUAAAUCUUUUCAUCGACAUUCCAGAAGUACACGAAGCCAAAGCAUCUGGGGACAUCAACCUUGUUAAAAGGUAUCUCCCAGAUCAGCAUAACUCACCGAUCACGUGGGACGAUUUCAAAUGGCUGAAAUCGAUAACAUCAUUGCCAAUCGUCUGCAAAGGAAUCCUCACAGCGGAGGCAGCGAAAGAGGCCGUAGAUGCUGGUGCUGCCGGCAUCAUUGUGUCAGCGCAUGGUGGAAGGCAACUUGAUGGUGCACCAGCUCCGAUUGAUGCGUUAGCUGAAGUCGUAGACGCUGUUGGAGACAGUAAUGUUGAGGUAUAUUUAGAUGGUGGAGUUCGGUCAGGUACCGAUAUCUUCAAAGCAUUAGGGAGAGGAGCGAGGGCAGUUUUCCUAGGACGACCAAUCCUUUGGGGCCUUGCUUGUGGUGGUGCUGCCGGUGUCAAGAGGAUCUUCACCAUGUUAGGCAACGAACUCAAGGACGUAAUGGCUCUUUCGGGAUGCCCUAGUCUACAAGAAAUCCCUUCGGAUAUGGUCGUUCACAAGUCCUACUAUGACAAUAGAAAGUAUGUUAGUAAAGCAGCCAAGACUUACCCUAAAUGUACCUGCAAACUCUGACGUAAUCACUAUCAUAUCGCAAUACACUCAUUCCAUUAUUUGCGUUAGUGUUUUAGAACAAAUAAUUUGGAUCCCCAAAUGAAGAGAUGCAUUCUUAAGCUGAGCUAGUCAACCUGCCCCGAUAAAAAAGAGAAGAAAAAAUCUUCAACGCUUUUUGACUUUUUACAUUUUUUUUCCAAAUGGAUGUUUUCUUGGAAUUGUGUUAUUUUUGGUAUUAUUACAUGUAGCUCUGUUUUGGAAUGGAACGAAUUAUUUAACUUCAGUGCAAUACUAGCAGACUGCCGUCAAUAUACCCUAUUUAGAGCAAUGCUAGAGUGGAUAAGGAGUGAGAAAAGACUUUUAGUAAGUAACCCUUCCCUCUCCCUUUCCUGUAAAAUCAAAACACCAAUAGAGGCCCUAAAGUAAAAGUGUAAAGAGCCACCACAAUUAACAUUGUAAAUUUAUGAUGAUGAUGAUGAUGAUGCUAAUAAUAAUCAACGAACGCAGAGGGCAGCAACACACGGCCUGCGGAUCAUAUAGAGUUUCAUGAAAAAAGUAGUUUAUUUGAUUUGACAUAAUUUUGAUAUUAACAUGAUAUAAAUAAUUAAAUAUUGAGGUAAUUCUAUUCUAUAUUAUGUACUUUUUUUGGGGGGGGGAAGUUAUAAGAGUUUUCAUUAAAAAAAAAUAUAUAUAUAUAUAUAUUCGGGUUAAAACUUAACGUUUUGAAGAAAUUGUACAGCUAUAUUGAUUUGAGAUAAUUUUGAUAUGAAUUUAUAUGCUCUUAUUUUUUAUAUGAGAUACUUAGUUUGUGAAAAACUUGUUUUGCGAUAUUUGGAAUUGUAAAAUCAUAUUACGAGGAAGAAAUAAAAUAUCAUUUAAAACAAAAAAUUAAUUAACCUUCCUCUAAUUAACCUUUAAAAUAAUUUUUUAUCCUUUUUUUAUUCUUGUACAAUUAAUAUGUGCAAAAGAGAUUAUUUCUAUUCUGUUCAGGGAAAAAACUCAUCUUUUACAAUGUAUUUUCUUUUUUUUUUGUCGAUUGAUAUGGGUUUUUCCCUCUGCUUUCACAUUGUUAUAGAAGAGAAAUUUGGCAGUUUAAUUUCAUUUGUAAUCAUUUUAAAAGUAUUUGUAAUCUCAUUGAUAUUGAUAUAUUUAUUUGUUUGAUUGUUUAUUGAUUGUAUACAUGCAAAGAAUCUUUAUUUAUAUGAAUUGUGAUUGUAAACUUAUUGAUUUGAAAGAGGAAGAAAAUAGAAUAUUAUUCAAAACAAAAAAAUAAAUAAAAUAAUAUUCAAAAAUGAAAAUAUUAUUCCAAAAAAAAAAAAAUUAUUAACUACCAUCAUGCCACCAUAAACCGAGGUGGAAAAUGUUUACUCCUAGAUCCUCUCACGGCCCGUUCAGAGAUUAAUUGUUCUCCCACUGGGCCUUCCUUAAGAUCAUAAUGUUAUUAUUUAUUUUCACCGUUAUUGUUAUUGAUUGAUAUUGUCUUAUUGAUACUCUCUGUGCGAUUGCGAAAAGGUGACAAAAACGUGAUUUUCUUUUCAUUUCGAAUAUGAGAAAGUAGGGCAUAUACACAGGUGAAAACGCUAAAAAUUAUUUACUGGAAUGAAAUAUCUCGUUUUAUUUUACCACAACUGCGAAUUCUCCUUAGGUACUCUCUUUUUACAAUAUUACAAUAUAUAUGGGUAAAUAUUGUUUUCAUUGUCCAAAUGUUUUCAUGAUUUAACAUGAAUUCAUCCAACCAACUAAGACGAACGUGACCAAAAAAAGAACGUUUGAUUGAGAACCUGCGUAUGUUGUAUAUUUUUCUUGACCAUUAUUUUGAAUUAUUCAGAAAUGAAUGGGUUUAUAAAUAAAAAUGAAAUACUUAAAUAAAAUUAUGUUUGAGUCGUUUUGUGCGUGUGUGUUGUGCGAUACGAAGGUAGAGGAUGAGGCUUAGUGCAUCCACAUUCUCCUUUAUUU